CAUGGCGGAGAGCGGGCCGCAGCCCCCCGGGGCCGGCAGCGGGGCGGCGGGGGCCCCCAGCCGCCACGAGAAGAGCCUGGGCUUGCUGACCACCAAGUUCGUCUCGCUGCUGCAGGAGGCGAAGGACGGAGUCCUCGACCUGAAGCUGGCUGCAGACACCUUGGCUGUGCGACAGAAGCGACGGAUCUACGAUAUCACCAACGUCCUGGAAGGCAUCGGGCUGAUCGAGAAGAAAUCCAAGAACAGCAUCCAGUGGAAAGGGGUGGGUCCUGGCUGCAACACCCGUGAAAUAGCUCACAAGCUGAUCGAGCUGAAGGCAGACAUAGAGGACCUGGAGCAGCGGGAGCAGGAGCUGGAGCAGCAGAAGAUGUGGGUUCAGCAGAGCAUCAAAAACGUGACAGAAGAUGUGCAGAACAGUCGGUUAGCUUAUGUGACACAUGAAGACAUCUGCAAGUGCUUCACAGGUGACACCCUCCUGGCCAUUCGAGCCCCCUCAGGCACACGUUUGGAGGUUCCCAUCCCAGAGGGCCUGAAUGGGCAGAAGAAGUAUCAGAUCCAUCUGAAGAGCACGAGCGGUCCCAUUGAUGUUCUCUUGGUGAACAAAGAUGCCUGCAGCUCUCCUCCUGUCGUCCUGCCUGUCCCUCCCCCUGAAGACCUCCUCCAGUGCCAGGCAGUUGCCCCCUCCAAGCCUCAGAUCCCCCCACUCACCCACUUCCAGGAGGCAUCUGUUCCCAGCACCACCCGGCCCUCCACCCCCACCCCCACCACCACGCAGGACCACGGCCCUCCUGCCCAGAAGGCCACCAGCACAGAAUGUGUCCCAGCAGCAGAGUCCAAGAGCACUGGUGACUUUGACCCCUUGGGUGACCCAGGGUUGGACACCCAGCCCCUCCAGUCCUCUGCCUCCCUGGACAGCAGCUCCGUCCUGCCCAGCCCCUCUGCCUCCUUCGAGCCCAUCAAGCCUGACCCCACUGGAAUACUGGAACUGCCCAAAGAGCUGUCAGAGAUGUUUGAUCCAACAAGAGAAUGUAUGAACUCUGAGCUGCUGGAAGAGCUGAUGACCUCUGAAGUGUUUGCUCCCUUGCUCCGCCUCUCCCCGCCCCCUGGAGAUCACGACUACAUCUACAACCUGGACGAGAGUGAAGGUGUCUGUGACCUCUUCGACGUGCCUGUGCUCAACCUCUGACUGCUGCCUGUGGCUGUGACCCGGCCAACACCGACUGUUUUGUAACUCUCUGGAAAAAGUGUCUAUUUUUGGAUCCCUUUUGUGCUAGAGCUCCAGAACUGAGCGAUUCAGAGGUGCCCUCCUUUGGACUCAGAACCAAGAGAUGUGGACGUGCAGGCUGGGAGCCUCCCCACAGCUUCUUCCUCUCCCUCGGCUGCACGUCUGAGCUCCACGUGCAGCUCAUCCCACCGUGUCUCUCCCUCUCCACUGGAUCCUGGGCCACCCUUCAAAGGGUCUGUCUUCUGAGUGUGCCCAGGUCACCUGCAGAGUUUGCCCCUGUGCCUCUCUUGAGCUUCCUCAAAAUCUGCAUGCCUUUGGUUUUUUUCCUGCACUCCCAGAGGCACUUUGCACCUCCUAGGUACCAGCUGCUCCAAGGAGCCCUAAUUCCAUGGUCAGUUGACAAGUAGGUAGCUAGAUAUCUCCAUGGGAGUGGUUCAGGUUUGGGGUGGUUACAUUGCUGAGCAACAAGGAGGAGGGAAAAGGAAAAACAAAAAAAAGGCACCAAAGUGUCUCUGUUUCUUCCAGUGACUCCAGACCAAGCUAGGAUGUUUUACAAGGAAAAAAAAAAAAAAAAAGGAAAAAAAAGCAAAAAAAAGCACUUUUUUUUAGCCAGCUGUGCCUCCUAGUGGGACUCAGGAGUUGAGCAUUCCUGGUAGGACCCAGGGGCUGAGUGUUUCCCUGCUUGUGCCUCAGCAGGAGCACUGUCACCAGUGUCACCAGCCUGCUGAUGUGUGGGCCCAGGGGCUCCAGCUCCUUGUUCAGCAGCUGUGCUGUUCUGCAGGGCUAAAGAAGAGGUGCCAGUAUGGUUUUAUUUUUUAUUUUUAUGUGUUUUGGUGUUUGUUUUUUUUUUUUCUGAGUGAUGUUUGAAAGGAUGAGACUGCUCCAGCUGGUGCCUGCAAGGUACUCCAGGUCCAUCAGAGCCUGCUCAUACUUGCCAGUAGCUGUCUUCUCCAACCAUUGCACUUGAGCCUUCAACUGGCCAAAUGGUGACCAAGCAGUAACAAUCCAGUAGUAAUUUCCCAUGACAAGUUAUGUAGGUGUUGUCAAAAUAGUGCUUUUUUUCCUCCCCUCUUUUCUCUCUGAUCAUCUGCUCAGGAUCAGGUUUCCUGUACAUCUGAGUUUGCUCCUCCAGUGUCCGUAGCCACACUCCCCACUCCUGAUCCUGGGGCAGGUCUCUCUUUAGGGUGAUGUUUUCUCUGCAUCAUUUUUCCCUGUUGGGUCCCCUGCUGUGUUCAGGUGGGGCCAGUCUUGGACCCUCUGCAGUUGGACUCAAACGCCCUGAUGGGUUUCUGUUGGAUUUUGCAAGCCCCCAGGUGCUUUCUUGGUCAGGUGCUGUAUUUGGGUGUCUUCAGUUUUGCACAUCGUCCUGCCCACGGGCUGGAAGCAGCUUCUCCCACCAUCCCUGCUCCUGAAGAGAGGGCCAGGACACUGGCUGCCCAUUGCAGGGAGGUGGUUUGUAGCCAUCUCCAUAGCCCACUGUGGGUGUUUCACUUCUCCACUUGGCUGCUCACCACCAGCGAGCCCCACAACCAGCUUGGGGUGCAGGGUCCUCAAUUCUUGGAGCCCACGGGGGUGAGAACACGAUUUCCUUGGGACCUGCGUCCUCCAGGUGGCUCCUUGGGGUGUCCCAUUCUCGGUGGGAACUCUUCCAGAAGGGCUGUUCCUCUCUGCAGCCCCGGCAUCCCCUCUGGGAAGGAAUUCAGGAGGACCGAGGGGAUGCUCUGCAGUGGGACCCCACCAGGGGGAGAAGUCCCAGCCCUGCUGGAGCCAGCCCAGCCUUCCCCCUUGGCAGGGAAGUGGAUCCAGACCCCUCAGCCCAGGGCUUUCCUGCAGCUCCACCUCCGUGUUCUGCCAGACCCUCACCCUCCUUCCAAGCGUUUGUCUUCACCUCCAGUUCGACCACCUUCCCAGAAAAUAAAAUAAAAAAAGGACACCUACUGAAAAAGCAACAUUGACAGCUGCAGAUGAACUUGGAUUCCUAUAUAAAGAUUAUUUUUAUACUUUUUUUUUUUUUUUUUUGCAAGGAAAGAAAAUUGCCUGUAAUAUUUGUACAGUGUUCUCUGAUGUGAAUAAACACCAAAAAAAAAAGAAAAAAAAGAAAACUAA